UGUUUCCCUGGACUAUUUAAAGAUAAGAAUAACUGUAGGCUUCCUUCGCGAUUGUCAAAAAAAAGGUCAGGCACCAAAACAACGCCAAUCCCAUUCUUCCUUCUGGACAGCCCAACAGAGAGAACCCCCAAACCAUCUGAUGAGCUAAUGCUUUUACAAGCUGGGUUAGGAAUAAGGACUGUAAAUGUCCCAGAGGAUGCUGGCCAUAAUGAGAUUGCAAACAUUCUUUCUGAGACGUAUCCAAAGAUGUCAGAUCUGGAGGGUGCCUGGAUGUUGCAGAAAGCCAUGGGAGGAUCAGGUCAACGGAAACUCAACUUGUUGACACCUGAAGAGGAAGGAUACACAGGGGCCAGUCUUGUGAAGAGCUGGGGAGGCAAGGGCUGUCUCUACAUUAUGCCCAUCCAGAACACACUGGACAUUUCUCCCCUACCCUUCACAGCCGUGGAGUUCCAGGCCAUGCCGAAAGCC